CGUUAAUUUUUGCAGAGUAUGUAGUCUGGCGGUUGAGAUUAUACCACAACAGAUAUAAACUUCCACUCGUACAGUUCUGUAGUGUGCACGUUCUUCCUUCCAAUAAUUUUGAUUUGUAAUCGAGAUUGAAUAAAACAAUGGAAAAACCAUCACCUUCACUUUAUGCUACUUUAGAAACCGAACAAAUGCCGGCGUUACCAUCAGCUCCACCAGUUAACCAAAUGCAAGCUACUGUAUUUGCUGCACAUAUUCCGAUGGUACAAUACGGACCAAAAUCGCAAAAUGCCACCUGCCCACUUUGCAAUCAUGUUAUACACACAAGGAUCAGAUCGAAAGCUACCACUAGAACUCAUCUUUGGGCAUGUCUUUUAUCGCCUUGUUUAUGCUGUUGCAUUCCUCAUUGUAUGACUACAUGCGUCAACACUAAUCAUUAUUGUCCAAAUUGCGACCAUUUCUUGGGAACCUACCAAAGUUAAAUGAUUACUAUUUAAGUGUUUAUAUAAAAAAUAUUAUGUUUAAAGGCUUUUUUCAUAUUUCUAUUACUACUUUUUACUAUUACUAUUGAUAUAAUUAACUCCUUACUAAUAAAUAAUCCUUUUUGUGUAAAAAAGUUUAAUUUUAAUAAACUAUUUUACUUAUU